AUGUCUGCAGAUGAAGACGACAUAAGAUGCUUAAAAGGAAUCAAAAGCUCUCUUACCGAUCCUCAAGGCACGUUGAAAUCAUGGAACUUCGCAAACACAACUGUCGGAUUCCUCUGUAGUUUCGUUGGUGUGUCUUGUUGGAACAAUCAAGAGAAUAGGGUUAUCAAUCUUGAGCUUCGAGACAUGGGUUUGUCUGGUCGAAUCCCAGAAUCACUUCAAUUCUGUGUGAGUUUACAGAAACUAGAUCUCUCUAACAAUCGAAUCUCUGGUAAUAUCCCUACACAGUUGUGUAAUUGGUUACCAUUUUUGGUAUCUAUUGAUUUGUCCAACAAUGGAUUGAACGGUGAGAUUCCUACUGAUUUAGCAAAGUGUAGAUUCAUCAACUCUAUGGUUCUGUCUGAUAACCGGUUAUCUGGUCAAAUCCCGGUUCAGUUCUCGUCAUUGGUUAGAUUAGCAAGUUUCUCUGUGUCUAACAAUGAUCUAACUGGUCGCAUUCCUUCUUUCUUGAACUCACCAAAUUAUUCAGCUGAUGAUUUCAAAGGGAAUAAAGGUCUUUGUGGACCGCCUUUAUCUUCGAGCUGUGGAGGAUUAAGUAAGAAGAAUCUUGCUAUUAUAAUUGCAGCUGGUGUGUUUGGUGCUGCUGCAUCCAUGUUGUUGGCUUUUGGGGUUUGGUGGUAUUACCAUUUGAAGUGGACAAGAAGACGGAGAAGUAAUUUAACCGAGGUUGGAGUUAGUAGUUUGGCGCAGAGACUUCGUAGCCAUAAGCUUGCUCAGGUUUCUUUGUUUCAAAAGCCUUUGGUUAAGGUUAAACUUGGUGAUUUGAUGGCUGCAACUAAUAAUUUCAGCUCCGAGAACAUUAUUGUUUCCACUAGAACUGGAACAACGUAUAAGGCGCUUCUUCCGGAUGGGUCAGCGCUCGCGGUCAAGCAUUUGAGCACUUGUAAGCUUGAUGAGAGGGAGUUUCGGUAUGAGAUGAAUCAGUUGUGGGAGCUUCGUCACCCUAACUUAGCGCCACUUCUUGGAUUCUGCGUUGUGGAAGAAGAGAAAUUACUUGUUUACAAGUACAUGUCUAACGGGACGCUUCACUCGUUGCUAGGUUCAAAUGGGGUUGAACUGGAUUGGUUGGCUCGGUUUAGAAUCGGUUUAGGUGCUGCUAGGGGUCUGGCUUGGCUUCACCAUGGAUGUCGCCCUCCGAUACUUCACCAAAACAUUUGUUCAAGUGUGAUUCUCAUAGACGAGGAUUACGAUGCAAGGAUUAUAGAUUCCGGGCUUGCAAGGCUUAUGGUUCCCUCAGAUAGCAAUGAGAGCAGUUUCAUGACUGGUGAUUUAGGAGAGUUUGGGUAUGUAGCUCCUGAGUACUCUACCACAAUGCUAGCUUCACUAAAAGGCGACGUGUAUGGACUCGGGAUUGUCCUCUUGGAGUUGGCGACAGGGCUAAAAGCCAGAGGAGGCGAAGGAUUUAAAGGGAAUUUGGUCGAUUGGGUGAAACAGAUUGAAAGCUCAGGAAAAAUCACUGAUGCAUUCGAUGAAAACAUUCGAGGGAAAGGGCAUGAUGAAGAAAUCUCGAAAUUUGUUGAGAUUGCUUGUAACUGUGUGACUUCAAGACCUAAAGAGAGAUGGUCAAUGUUUCAGGCAUAUCAGUCACUGAGAACUAUUGCUGAUAAAAAAGGUUACUCAUUCACAGAACAAGACGACGAUUUCCCUUUGAUUUUCGACACACAAGAGAACUAG